CCCUUCUUUCCUGCACUUGUCUGCUCGUGCUGAAAACACAGCGGAAAGAGCUCUGAACAGCGCUAGCAGACAGCUAGCUUAUUUUAGUCUUUAUUCUCUUUAUUGUGUGUGUUGUCGCAUAUGCAGAGAGAUGUGGUUUAUUUAUUUACUGAGCUGGCUGUCGUUGAUCGUCCAAGUGUCCUUCGUCACUCUAGCGAUAGCGGCUGGCCUAUACUACUUGGCAGAACUGAUAGAGGAGUACACAGUAGCCACAAGUCGAAUAAUAAAAUACAUGAUCCUGUUCUCGACAGGUGUGCUGGUGUGUCUCUACGUCUUUGAAGGUUUCCCUCUGCUCAUGGUCGGCGUCGGCCUCUUUACGAACCUGGUGUAUUUUGGCCUCCUGCGAACCUUUCCCUACAUUCUGCUCAGCUCUCCCAACUUCAUCCUCUCCUGUGUGUUAGUGGUGGUGAACCAUUACUUGGCCUUCCAGUACUUUGCACAAGAGUAUUACCCGUUUUCAGAGGUGCUGUCCUACUUCACCAUCUGCCUGUGGAUCAUCCCGUUUGCCUUCUUCGUGUCGCUGUCAGCGGGAGAAAAUGUGCUUCCGUCCACCGUGCAGCAAGGAGACGAUGUUGUGUCAAAUUAUUUCACCAAGGGCAAGCGGGGCAAGAGGUCUGGGAUCCUCCUCAUAUUCUCCUUCCUCAAGGAGGCAGUACUGCCCAGCCGACAGAAAAUGUACUGACGGGCUUGGAUUCGGGGGAACGGGGAUGUGUAGGUGUGUGGAGAAGUUGGACAACAAGCGGUAGAGCAAGAAGGACGUCGGAAGUCCUUUGUGGAUUGGACUGAAGCAAAGCAGUGGCCAAAACAUGGAGGAAAGCGCACAAAAAUAAUGGACCAAUAAACAGACUGGAUGAUUAAUUGAGUUUAUAAAGGCCAUGUUCAUCUUUGGGUUUGUUCCGGCUGCCAAGAGCACCUCUGUGAGACCUUUUUUUAGGGAUCAUGACUGUAGCACAGUGAUUUUUGUAUCAUCAACAUAUUUUUUAAGCUUUAGUAUCAAAGCAAUUCUGAGAGAGGGGUUUAAAAUACUAAAUGACAAACUUGUUUCAGAUGGAUAAGUCAUAAUUGGAUUUCCUUUUAAAGAUUUAUUCUUGUCGUUUUUGUGUUCGUUUGAUUAAGUCUUCAAGGUAGCACCAAAGUCAUGCAGAGGGGUGAAAUGUUUUCCACUAAAUGAGUAAAAUAGAUUAGAGAGAGAGCAAUGGUAUGAAAAGCGAUAAUCUUAGAAAGCACAGCAAAAAAAACAUGUGAAACGACUCUGCUGCUGAAACUAAGAAGAAAUCCAGAAAUCACUUUUAAGGGUUUCUUGGAAAUCUGCGAGGGAGUUCUCAAAUAAAUAUUAUGACUUUUAUUCCAGUGAUCAGGUGUAACCUCAUACAAAUAUACUUUGUAACUUUACUUUCUAUAAAAUCGGUCACAUAAAUGCAUAUUCCAGGUCUUAAUUUAAUCUUCAAUUUCAACGCAUCACUUUGCUCUGGAUCAGUUAAACUGGGUGUUUGUUAAUUUAUCAUUUCACAGUUUUGGUUUUGUACCGCAGAAGGAGGGGUGUAAAUGAAUUGUUUUCUGGACGACACAAAUGUUUCGUUCAUUUGUGCCCGUAACGGGAACGGUUCGUAUCGACAGCGCUUCAGGAUGUUAAUCCCUCGUUUCCAAAGCGCGGGUCGGAUCCGUUGAAUCCGUUGUACUGUAAAAAUAGUUCGGCGGGUUCAGGAGUCUUUCCGCCACGUGUUUCGUGAUGCCAGGAGCUUCACCUUAAUCGUACCGCCGUCCGAUGAAACCUACAACCUGCAAGGCGCACCAGGAGUAGUGUGCUCUGAAAACAGACACGUACCGAACCGCUCGUUGCAAACGAGGUACCCAUUCCUACCUAACCGUUUGUCCCUACAAUAAUCAUUUCCUAAGACUCGUGUAUCCAUUCAGAGCUGCUUUGGGAAUGUUUCAUACCAACAGUGUGUCAGGUUGUAGCUCCAGUACUGUUAUUGUAAAUGUUGGAGGACAUUUCUUCACAUUUUGGGAUGUUUUAGACAGAUUGUGUGGCAAUUAGCACCUGUUUUUUUAGAGACAUUUGGUUGGUAGCGGAAACUCAUUCCUGCCCAACUACCAAUUCAAUUCACACCAACUUUGGACGUUUUAUACCUACCAUAAGUCAUCUUGAUGGUGCAAGGUUUUUUUAGUCUGUACCAGAUUUGACAGCCAAGGUCAUAAAGCAAUUUUGUAAAAUCUGUUUAAGAAAAUGCAGUGAUGAGAUUCUAAUCAGCCUGAUAUGCAGGCAGAAGGUUAUUUAGUUAUUUUGACUUAAUCGUUUAUCGUAAAAUCUGAUGUCAGAAGAAUCAACCGACUCAAACACAACCUCAAUCAAUGACAAGUAAAUAAAACCUCUUUAAUUAUCUUUCCAUAUAGUCUUUAACGUUUUUACGUAGUCCAUGAAUAUAAAAUUGUUUCUAAGGACACAAACUUGAGGAUGGUUCGAACAAAAUCAGCUUGAUUAUAAACCAGCCCUUUGUUUCCUACACAGUCUGGACCCUUGGCUAUCGAUGAACGAUUGCUUUGUGGAGAACUCUUAAGUUUCAAACGACUGGAUCUGAUUUUUCCCAAUCGCUAACAUUUGGUUGUGACAUAUGUAAACUGCAAGUUCAAUGAACUGCAUUCAGUGACCCAGUCAUCUACAUCUGGUCACAUUGCUUGCAGUCAAACCCGAUCCUGACUCAGCAGCACUGACGACUAGCUAUUUGUCUUAAUGUUGGAGUUUAUAGUAAUAAAGCUGUUUGGUUUUU